AUGAAUUCGGCGAAACGUAAAAGAGGAGAGAAGAGACGAGCCUCAUUGGCCUGCGAGACCUGUCGGAAACAGAAGGAAAAAUGUGAAGGCGGUCCUCCUUGCUGGCGAUGUGAACGCCUUGGUCGACCAUGUCGAUUUCAAGGACAAGAUAGUUCAAGUCUAUCCACAGCGGGUGCCUUGGCGGUGCCUGUUUCAUCUGCUCCAAAAGAGAAUGCCCAGCGAGUACAAAAUCUGGAGUAUAUUGCUAAGCACUUCCUCGGAGAGAUAUCUUUGGAUGAGGACAAUCUUUCUCGAAUCGUUGAAAAGUUAAAAACCAAGACAACAAACUCAAAUCAACCGGACGGUCCCCUAGACGUGAACGAGUCGUUCGAUGUCCAUUUUGUAUCGAAUAACGUGGCACAUUACUCAGGGGAAUUCUCACAUUGGAAUUUUUCGCAAAAGAUUCGUCGGAAAAUGAGUUGCCAAAUCGAUCAGCUUGACAUCAGAGUCAAAGAAUACUGGCGUCCAACACAGCUUCAAUCACCCCCUGAGCUUAUGAGAAAUUGCAUGAAUCAGUUACCACCGAGGGCUAUUGCUGAAUUUCUUGUCACAAUGUUUUUUAAAUAUUCAGAGAUCAAUUCUUUUUACAUGGAGCGGAGGUGGAUCGAAGAAAAAGUGGCACUUUGCUACGACCCAACCACAGAAUACAGCGCGAAUGACUUCCCCUGGGUGUGCUCCGUAUUUGCUGCUCUCGCGAUUGGGACUCAAGUGGCACACAUGGAAGAUGAAAAGCCAAGGCCAGGUUCUGAAACGGCCAAUGAGCUGACUCUAUGCUCCGAGGACUCCGUUGGGCUUGUCUUUUACCAUGUGGCAUGCAAGCUCAUCCCGGACGUGCUUCUAGUUGCAUCUCAUGAGAGUGUGCAGGUGUUUCUACUUCUUGCCACAUACUCCUUACCUGUGUCGACCGGUGGCCUGGCGUACACCUAUUAUGGCCUAGCAAUGAAAAUGGCUAUACAGAAUGGCAUGCAUCGAAAGUAUGUCGGCGGGAAUAUUGAUGCUCGCACAAUUGAAACGAGAAACCGAUUAUUCUGGACUGCCUAUUCCGUGGAAAAGUAUGUUAGCAUUAUGCAUGGACGCCCUCUGUCUAUAGCAAGAUCUGAGAUCAAUGCCGAUCUUCCAACCGACUAUCCUGAAUUUGAGUCCCCACGCUUUGCAAAUAUGACUGCGUUCCAUACCUUGAUCUCAUACCUAGGCGAAGUGGCGGAGACUUUGUGUCCCAAGCGGCUCCUCUCUGAAUAUUCAGAGCGAUUGCUACGACUAAGAGCCGGCAUCAAACAAUGGUGGGAUUCUCUACCUGCCACGAUAGAAUGUCGAGACCUAUGCUCCCAAGGUCCGUUAUUCCGACAAAACGCGCAUCUUCGACUUUGCUACUUACUUAUAUACGUUUAUAUGGGUCGUCCGUUCAUAUUUGUUGAGAAACAUGAUCCUCCUGACGAGAGUGUGCUAGGAACCGAUAACCAUGCAGGUCAAGUCCGCCGAUCGGUUUUGGUGGAUGACUGCGUAUCUAGCGCAUUGGACAUUCUCAAUACCUUGCAGUCUUUAUCAGACCACGUUGCCGCUCUUCUCGUAAUCCUUGCGGAAAGUCUUAACUCGGGCAAGUCGCCAAGGCUGCAAGAUGGGCUACAGCGCGGAAUGGGUCUCAUACGUCAAAUGAUUGGAGGGGUGUCUUCUCAGUCGGAGAUAUCUUACAUUGAGUCAAUUGAGGCAGCUAUAAGUCAGCUGCUCGAAGCCCCCGAAGGAGACGAAGUGUCUCAGUCAAACACAGAGCAAAGCACCAUGUCUGCUUAUUCCAAGUUCAAAGACUGGACACAGUCGUUGAAAAAGGAUAAGGGCACGGUCGGCAGCAAUCUGGAGCUUUCAGCUUUCAGCCCACUUUCGCAUAUUACCUCUGGCUCUGACGGCUUUACGAAUCCUGAUCUCAAUGAACUGACUGGAUUUUUCAAUCCCGAUUGGUCGAGUAACAAUAUGGAGUUUGAUUCGAAUAUUUUCUCUGUGCUGUCAGAAUAA